AUGAAUAAACCUGUAAUCCUCAUAGCAAAUAAAUGUGAGAGUCAUAAAUCCGAAAAUGUUGAUUAUUUAGAGUUUUUUGAUUUUCUUGGCCCGGUGUAUAUCUCUGCCGAACAUAAUCUUGGUAUAGUUGAUCUUUAUGAUGUAUUAGCUGAGCCAGGCACCACACGUGAUUCUGUAGAUAUUGUAUAUGAUCAUAAUGGGGAGCUAAUUACUCUCAUUGAUACUGCAGGAAUCCGCAGAAAGGCGAAUGUUAUAAAUGACUUAGAAUCAAGAUUUGUUGAAAAAAGCUUAGAAUCAAUCAAGCGCUCUCAUGUGGUAGUUUUAAUGCUAGACUCCCUAGUUGGUAUUGAGCAUCAGGAUUUAUCGAUUGGUGAAGCUGCAAUUAAGGGAGGGAAAGGGAUUAUUGUUGUUUUAAAUAAGUGGGAUUUAAUAGGUAAAGAUGACAGAAGUAAGUUAAUGAAAUUUGUCAAACAACAGGAAGUGACUCGGUUAUUCUUGGAAGUGCCAACUGUAACAAUUUCUGCAUUGAAAGGCAUGCGCUGCGGCGAUGUGAUAGAUAAGUGUCUUGAAGUGAGUGAAUCUUUGAACAAGAAAGUCAGCACUGCAAAACUGAAUAAGUGGCUAAUUAAUGCUUUAGAUAGACACUCUCACCCGCUUGUAAAAGGCAAAGCAGUUAAAAUGAAGUAUAUCGCUCAAAUUGGUACUAAACCUCCAGCUUUUUCUUUGAUAUGCAACAUACCUGAAAGUGUUGAUGAAAGUUACAAACGCUAUUUAAUUAAUGAUCUUAGAAAAAUUUCUUCGUAG